UUUGUCAGCAUUUCUAGUUACGAAUCCGAUUGGGCAACACACACGUUCGCGAUCGCGUCGAAGUUUCCCCGCCAAGAAUCCAUCGCGCUCGUAUAUAUUUUUUGAAGAUAUAUAUCUUUCAUUUUUUUUUUUUUCUGUUGGCUGUGGCUGUGCAAUUUGGUGAAACACAAGUGAAGAGAACACACAUAAAAGGCCCAAUAAUGGCAGGCAAAUCGCUUUUAUUUGUGGGCCUAUGCCUAGUAUUCAUGGCUACGUUGGAUGUGCGAACCUCUGCCCAGGAUACCAACAAUGUCCUCUUGGAGACGAUCAACUUUUUGAGACGCGGCCAGGCGGACGUGGAGCUGGAGAACUAUGACAACAACCUGGUGCUGGACAGCGAAUACGAUUUCAUAGUGGUUGGAGCUGGAACAGCGGGUUGUGCCCUGGCCGCCCGACUCUCGGAGAAUCCACAGUGGCGGGUGCUCCUCCUGGAGGCCGGUGGUCCCGAGCGACUGGUCAUGGACGUGCCCAUUGUGGCCCAUUUCCUGCAGCUGGGCGAGAUGAACUGGAAGUACAGGACGCAGCCCUCGGAUCAUGCGUGUCUGGCCAUGAACAACAAUCGAUGCAAUUGGCCCAGGGGCAAGGUGAUGGGCGGCAGUUCGGUGCUGAACUACAUGAUGUACACGAGGGGCAAUCGCAGGGAUUACGAUCGCUGGGAGGCACUGGGCAAUCCCGGCUGGAGCUUCAAGGAUGUGCUGCCGUACUUCAAGAAAUACGAGGGCAGCAGUGUGCCCGAUGCCGAGGAGGAUUAUGUGGGUCGCAAUGGGCCGGUGAAGGUCAGCUAUGUGAACUGGCGCUCCAAGAUAUCCGAGGCAUUCGUGGAGGCCGCCCAGCAGGAUGGCCUGAAGUACAGGGACUACAAUGGACGCAUCCAGAACGGAGUGGCCUUUCUGCACACCACCACCCGGAAUUCCACGCGCUGGAGCUCGAAUCGUGCCUAUCUCUAUCCACUGAAGGGUAAACGCAGCAAUCUGCAUGUGAAGAAGAACGCCCUGGUGACCAAGGUGCUCAUCGAUCCGCAAACCAAGACGGCCUACGGCAUUAUGGUCCAGACCGAGGGGCGCAUGCAGAAGAUCCUGGCCAGAAAGGAGGUCAUUGUGGCGGCGGGAGCCAUCAAUACGCCACAACUGCUGAUGCUUUCCGGCGUGGGACCGGCCAAACAUCUGCGUGAAGUGGGCAUCAAACCCAUUGCUGAUCUUGCCGUGGGCUACAACCUGCAGGAUCAUACAGCGCCGGCGGUGACCUUUACCACCAAUGCCACAUCACUGAAGUUCGAGGACUUUGCCGAUCCCACACUGGUGAAUCGAUUUAAUCGAAUGGAGGGACCCUAUGGAUCGCCGGGUGGCUGCGAGGCCAUUGCCUUCUGGGAUCUGGAUCACGAACGUGAUGAGGAUGGCUGGCCCGACAUUGAGCUCUUCCUGGUGGGCGGCUCCAUGUCCUCCAAUCCGGCCAUCUCGCGUGCCUUUGGCCUGAAGAAGUCCAUCUACGAUUCGCUUUUCGCUGAGAUCGAGGACAAGUCACUGAAUGCCUUCAUGAUCUUUCCCAUGAUCCUGCGACCGAAGAGUCGUGGUCGCAUCAUGCUGAAGAGCAGUGAUCCGUUCAAGUACCCACUGAUUCAUGCCAAUUACUUUGCCCAUCCCUACGAUGUGGACAUCUCGGUGCGGGGUCUGCUGAAGGCCAUUAGUCUGAUGAAUCAACGUGGCAUGCAGACGAUAGACGCCAAAUUGUGGGAGAAGAAGAUACCCACCUGCAAGCAGCAUGCCUACAAGAGUUGGGCAUAUUGGGCCUGCUAUGUGAGGCACUUCACCUUCACCAUCUACCACUAUUCGGGCACUGCCAAGAUGGGUCCCAAAUCCGAUCGAGCUGCGGUGGUGGAUGCCCGCCUGAGGGUGCAUGGCAUCCGGAAUCUGCGAGUGGCCGAUGCCAGCAUCAUGCCGGAGAUCAUGUCCGGACAUCCCAAUGGACCGGUCUUCAUGAUCGCCGAAAAGGCCGCCGAUAUGAUUAAGCAGGAUCAUGGUUUCAUCCAGUGAUCCAGUGAUUAUCCUCCCCCUAAAUAAUCCCUUAGUCCAAAGUUGAUUUCCACAAUCAGGUGUAAGCCCCAUUUGCACUGGCCACUGUCAUUAUCUUGUUGUACCCCCAUCACGAAUCCAAUCUCAUCGAAUCCAAUCUCAAAUCUCUGGCUGGUGUAAAAUGGGGCCUAAGUUCUAGUUAAGGCUGGUCAGCAUUCAAAAAUUGUUUGUUAUUAUCUGUAAUUCUCUCUUGCCUGUACUGAUUCUAGUUUAAGCUUAGAAAUGUAAGCCACAUAUAU